CUUCUCACAGCUUUCGAGGGCUUCUCCCUUCGUCUAACUAAUCUACCAACUCGCCCACCGUAUCUCAACCAAUUCACAAACACACACUGACCAUCAUCAUGGACUCAGCUACCAUGGACAAGUACAACUCUCAAUGGGUGCAGUUCCACAUCCGGGACCACCUCGACAAGGGAGAGAUCUCCGUUCGUCACACCGUCAUCGAGGGUGGUGACUUCCACGACCCCGACUCCAAUAAAUCCAUGACCGAAGACGAUGUCGACGAGCUCCGCAUCCCCUCCUACGGCGUCGGCGAGAUCUGUGCCCGCGGCCGCCGCGGCAGCGAGGGCCGCCUCGACCUCUUCCACGGCGAGGACAAGAUCUGCGAGCUGCACUGGGACAACCGCCAGGGCAAUUGGGUCAACCUCGUCGAGGUGCUGGACGGAAAUGACAAGUACAGAGUCGAGCAUGGGGGAUGGAGCCCAGAGGUAGGACCUCUGGGCCAUGUCUACGUGGACAUUAUGGCACAACAGGCUGCACAGGCUGCACAGGCUGCUGCUGAACAGCAGAAGAAGUAGUGCCACAAGCAUGGGUGGUGUUAUCCGGUGUUGUGCUCUCGGGGUUUGUUGUCUAUUUCUCUUGUUGUUGAUUUUUGACUUGUUGAAUCUACGAUUCUGGGAACGUAGUCGGGCGGGACCUGUGGAGUGGGUGAGUUGAUUUGAUUUGAAUCAUCGAUAUAACUGAUAAUAUCCAUAUAGUGAGUAUGUAGGUUUUGCAUGUAUCACAGAGAGAACAAAUUGCAAUCUGAUCUUCCAUCUUCAUCACAUCAAGUCCUUGAAGGAUGAGUAGACUCCAUCGAUGAGCUGAUCCAGCCCUGAAUCGGACCACCCCGAGGGCCAAUCACCUGAUCCCGCAUGGACCACAGGGCGUGGGAAAGUGGGAAUAUCUUCACUGGAAUGCGUUAGUUCAAUCAG